GAUGGGUAUGUGUGUGUGCAGAGGAAAUUGUAUAAGAAGCUGUGGUCUGCUGUAUAAUGAUCACUCGCUAUCUUGCUGACAAGAUGCUUUCCACAAGAUUGACACUCAUCGCCUUCCUGGCUGCAGCUUGGUGUUGGACAUCUGAUGGACAACUCUAUUAUAUGGCAUGUCCCGGUGAAAGGAGUGAGCUGCAAUGCCCUGAAGGACAUUUGAUUGAAGUGCUGUCACUGCAUCAUGGUGUGAUACCCUCUGGUGACUGCACUGCCAAAAGCCAGCUUCCCGUGGUCUCAGCAAAGGACUGCCUACACAAGAUCAUAUUACAAUUGGCCAAGUUUGCCUGUGACGAUAAGGAACAAUGCCGCCUGCCCAUGCACAAUGCGAAGAUGUUCAAGUGCGAUUACUCAGAAGAUUCCGUCAUACGGAUCUCCUACCAAUGUAACAAGAGAAAUGUGCUAACCACUUCUAUAUGUCAAGGACAAACUCAAGAUAUUAAGUGUGAUAACGGAGCCCUUAACAUUUUGAAGGCCAGUUUCGGACGUCAAGACAAUAACACCUGCACCGAAAUCCCUUCGAAAGCCUCUUGCUUGAGUUACGACGUUGGAGGGAUUUUUAAAUCAAUGUGUAACAGCAAAAACGUGUGCACGAUUACAUCCACACCUUAUGUGGAUGAAACUAUGACCUGCGAUCUUCCCACGUACCUUACUGUGGAUUAUGUUUGUGAGUGAUUGGAGAUUUGCUUCUGACAUCAGCGUCCUAGAGAGGAGCGAUGACUCUUCGUGGCUCUUUUUUCAGCAAUCACAUCAACAAGAAUGUGUUGGAUGAAUUAUUAAAAGAGUGAAACUAA